GUGUCUACCGGUGAAUGAGAGACGACGGAGGGAAAUAAUCUGCCACCUGGUCCAGCAGAAAACGUGAGCAGGUCUCCAUGGCCCAGUUCGGGGGGCAGAAGAACCCUCCGUGGGCAACUCAGUUUGCCGCAACAGCGGUUUCACAGCCCGGCCACUCAGGACAGUCACUGGACCUGAACAGUUUACACUCUUUAGGAGUACAGCAGCCGUCCCUCUUGGGAGUGUCUCCUAUGUACACCCAGCAGUCGGCUUUAGCGGCAGCCUCCCUCAACACACAGUCAGCUGCCAACUACCAGCUCUCUCAGCAGACCGCAGCGCUCCAGCAGCAGGCCGCUGCUGCCGCUGCGUUACAGCAGUCGCAGAUCAAUUCAGCCCUGCAGCAGUAUCAGCAGCAACAGCAGCAGCAGCAACAACAACAGCAGCUACCUCAAGCUCCCCCACCACAACAUCCACCUCAGCAAACUCUUUACAACGUCCCACAUCAGCUUCCACAACCCCAACAAGCCCUGCUAUCACAGCCCCCUGUUGCCUUGCCCACCUGCCUGAGCCUGUCCAACCCGCAGCAGACGGCACAGAUAACCGUAUCCUACCCAAACCCGCGCUCCAGCCACCAGCAGCAGACCCAACCCCAAAAGCAGCGUGUUUUCACCGGGGUCGUCAGCAAGCUACAUGAUACUUUCGGCUUUGUCGAUGAAGAUGUCUUCUUCCAGCUCAGUGCGGUUAAGGGGAAAACACCCCAAGUCGGUGAUCGUGUUCUGGUGGAAGCUGUCUACAAUCCCAACAUGCCUUUCAAGUGGAAUGCCCAGCGCAUCCAGACGUUACCUCAACUGCCCAACCAAACGCACCAGCCGCCUCAGCCCUUACCUCAGGUUUCCCCACAGCUGUCCAGCUUUUACUCUGAAGCAGGAAUGCAGCGCUACUCUGACAUACACUCUGCGGUGGAUUCAAGACAAAAUAGCCAGCCGCCAGGCCCAAACAUGAUGAAACCAGGUCCCACCAUGCUGCAGUCUCUACCCCCGCCCACCACGUUCAGCGUCCCGGCCCAGGGACCUCCUCCAUCUCUUCUGCAGGCCCAGCUCUCAGCUGCUUCUCUGGCCCCACUGCUGCAGAAUCCCCCACAGCCCCUGCUACCCCAGCCUCUCCCUAAAGACUCUGUGUUCUCAGGGGGUUUGCUGCAGCCCCCGGUGCGGAUGAUGCCUCAGCCGCAACAGGUGAGGCGUGUGGACCCCUCACCCCGCUUCCCCAGCCGCAGUGACCGACCAGAACUCAUCCUGAGGAAGGAUGACCGCAGUCGGGAAAGAGAUAGAGAGCGAAGGAGAUCAAGAGAACGUUCACCCACACGGAAGCGUUCUAGAGACCGGUCGCCUCGCAGAGAACGCUCUCCAAGACGGCCACGCAGAGUCGUCCCAAGAUAUACUGUGCAGUUCUCCAAAUUCUCUCUCGAUGGUUGCAACUGUGACAUGAUGGAGUUGCGGCGGAGGUAUCAGAGCCUCUACAUCCCUAGUGACUUUUUUGACGCUGUGUUUACCUGGGUAGACGCCUUUCCCUUAAGACGACCUUUCAACUUUGGAAACUACUGUAACUUCCACAUCAUGCAUAAAGAGGUGGACUCUUUGUUGAAGAACACGUCUGUGCUGGACCCACCUGAUGCCAAUCACACCUACAGUGCAAAGGUAAUGCUGCUGGCCAACCCUAGUCUAGAUGAGCUGUAUCAUAAGUCGUGUGCUCUGGCAGAAGAUCCACCAGAGCUGAGAGACUCCUUCCAGCACCCUGCCCGCCUCAUCAAGUUCCUGGUGGGGAUGCGGGGCAAGGACGAGGCCAUGGCCAUCGGGGGUCACUGGUCUCCCUCUUUGGAUGGAGCCGACCCGGAAAAAGAUGCCUCGGUCCUUAUAAAGACAGCCAUACGUUGUUGUAAGGCUCUGACAGGCAUUGAUCUGAGUUUAUGUACCCAGUGGUAUCGUUUUGCAGAGAUACGCUAUCACCGCCCUGAGGAGACUCACAAAGGGCGGACAGUCCCCGCACAUGUGGAGACAGUGGUUUUAUUUCUCCCGGAUGUUUGGCAUUGUCUUCCUACCCGCUCAGAGUGGGAGGGCCUGUCCCGUGGACUCAAGGAGCAGCUGGCAGAGAAACUCUUGGCUGAACGGAAGGAGGCUGAUGGAGAACAGGAGGAGGAUAAGGACGAAGAUGAUUCAAAGGAAGUCACUACGCCGACUCACUGGUCUAAGCUUGAUCCGAAAUCCAUGAAGGUCAAUGACUUGCGUAAGGAGUUGGAGAGCCGUUCACUGAGCUCUAAAGGGCUGAAGUCUCAGCUGAUCGCUCGCCUCACCAAACAGCUGAAGGUGGAGGAGCAGGUGGAGGAGUCCAAGGAGCCGGAGAAGCCUGAACCUCCUAGUGUGGAGGAGGAUGAGUCCUGCAGACUGGAGGAUGACCGAGAGGAAGAGGAACGAAAGCGGCAAGAGGAGCAGGAACGCCAGCGCAGGGAGAAACGUUAUGUUCUGCCAGAUGAGCCCACCAUUAUUGUCCAUCCCAACUGGGCUGCCAAGAAUGGCAAAUUUGACUGCAGCAUCAUGUCCUUGAGUGUGCUGCUGGACUACAGACUGGAGGAUAAUAAAGAGCACUCCUUUGAGGUGUCUUUGUUUGCUGAAUUAUUCAAUGAGAUGCUUCAACGAGACUUCGGCUACAGGAUCUACAAAGCAAUGGCUUCUCUUCCCAGCAAGGAUGAGAGGAAAGAUAAAAGAGAGAAAGCUAAAAAAGAGGCAGAAAGGAGGAACGUAAAGAAGAAGGAAGAAGAAAAUGGAGAGCCGGCCACAAAGAGAAUGAGAGAGGAGGAUGAGAAGAGGAAGGAUGAGGAGAAGGAGAGAGGUAUUAAGAGAGAAGAAUCCAAAGAUGAUGAUGAUAAUGAAGACGGCGGCAGCAACAACAACGCUGAUGAAUAUGACCCACUGGAGGCAGAAGACGCAGACGACUAUGACGACGACGAUAAAGAUGAUGAAGACUCAAAUGGCAGAGACAGAAGAGACGACCGGCGAGAUGAGCGGAAGUCCAAAGAGAGGUCAUCUAAAGAUAAAGAUGAGAAGAAAAAGCAGAUGGUGACGUUUAACCAGGAUCUGCUGAUGGCCUUUGUGUACUUCGACCAGAGUCACUGCGGCUACCUGCUGGAGAAGGACUUGGAGGAGAUCAUGUACACGCUGGGCUUGCAUCUCUCCAGAGCUCAGGUGAAGAAAUUGUUAAACAAACCAUUGGUUAGAGAGUCUUGCCAUUAUCGAAAGCUAACGGACAGGCCUAAGGACGAGCCUAGCCCCACGUUGACCUCUGAUGCUCUGAUAGACAACCUUUUAGGUAACCAAAGCUUGCUGCCCAGUCUGAAGUUCAAGCGGGAAUCAGAGGACAGCGGCGAGUCGUCUAGCCUAAUCGUCUACCAGGGAGCCAUGGUGGAUGUGGGAAGCAUGAUGCAGAAGCUGGAGAAGAGUGAGAAAACCCGAGAGGAAAUCGAGCAGAAGCUCAUGCAGCAGGACAUUCAAAUGGAGGAGGACUCAAAGCAGAUAGCCGAGCUAGAAGCAGCAACCCGCAGCCUUCAGAGGGAGCUGGAGGAGGUGAAGAACAAUCUCAGAGAGACAGAGAACAACCUGAGAGCCUCAGACCAGCAGAAAGGCAGCUAUGAACAACAGCUCCACGGCACAGUGUCCAGCCUCGACACCAUCAUGAAGGAGCUACAGGGCGUUUUAUCACACGGUGACCCUUCAGAUGACGGUGACCAAAAAACUCAAUCUAAUGGCUCAGAUGAGUGAACGUCCCUCUCCAGCUCAUCCUCAUCUAGUCUCCCUUCAAAUGUGUAAAUAAGCUUAAAACUAACACAAUUCUAAAGCUAAUUUUAUUUUGAUCUUUUUGGGGGGGUUCUGUGUACAAAGUUUUAAUGACAGCGGAGGUAAACUCUCUUUUCCUCAUAAUU